AUGCCUACCAUCACAUCCAAGCCAAACAUCGGGGUCUACACGAACCCUGCUCAUGAUCUAUGGGUCGGUGAGGCAUUGCCGACCCAAGAGGAUGUCGUCAGCGGUGAAAAGCUUCAACCGGGCGAGGUGACCGUCGCCAUCAAGAGCACCGGCAUUUGCGGAUCCGACGUCCACUUCUGGCACGCCGGCUGCAUCGGCCCCAUGAUCGUCACCGACGCGCACAUCCUCGGCCACGAGUCCGCCGGGGUGAUCGUGGCCAAACACCCGUCCGUCACCACCCACGAGCUGGGCGACCGCGUGGCCAUCGAGCCCAACAUCAUCUGCAACGCGUGCGAGCCCUGCCUGACGGGCCGCUACAACGGCUGCGAGCGGGUCCUGUUCCGCUCCACCCCGCCCGUGCCGGGCCUGCUGCGGCGCUACGUCAACCACCCGGCGGCGUGGUGCCACCGCAUCGGCGCCAUGCGCUUCGAGGACGGCGCCCUCCUCGAGCCGCUCUCCGUCGCCCUCGCGGGCGUGCAGCGCGCCCGCAUCACCCUCGGCGACCCCGUGCUCAUCUGCGGCGCCGGGCCCAUCGGCCUCGUCACCCUCGCCUGCGCCCGGGCCGCGGGCGCCGAGCCCGUCGUCAUCACGGACCUGGACCCGGGCCGCCUGGCGUUCGCGGAGGGCUUCUGCCCCGGCGUGCGCACGCACCGGGUCGACCCGACGCACUCGCCGGAGCAGUUCGCCGGGGCGGUGGUGCGGCUGGCCGGCGGCGUGGAGCCCGCGGUGGCGAUGGAGUGCACCGGGGCGGAGUCCAGCAUCGCGGGCGCCAUCCAGGCGGCGCGGUUCGGCGGCAAGGUCUUCGUCAUCGGCGUCGGCCGGCCGGAGAUCCGCGUCCCCUUCAUGCGCCUGAGCACGCGCGAGGUCGACCUGCAGUUCCAGUACCGCUACUGCAACACCUGGCCCCGGGCCAUCCGCCUGCUGAACGGCGGCGUCCUGGACCUGUCCAAGCUGGUCACGCAUCGCUUCCGGCUGGAGGACGCGGUCGAGGCGUUCAAGGUCGCGGCGGAUGCGAAGCAGGGCGGCAUCAAGGUCAUGAUCCAAAGUUUGGAGGAGGGCGAGCAGUGA